CUUCGUUUCCAGAUGCCUGCACAUUUCCUGGCGGGUUACAUAAGUGUGUGGAGCAGACGCCUGUGAGGAGUCCUUGGUCCUCAACUAGCAACAAAGAUGUGGAAAGCUUCAGCAGGACAUUCUCUGUCUGUCAGCAAGGAUGACGAAGGCGCUGAUGACUGGGAGACUGACCCGGAUUUUGUGAAUGACGUCAGUGAGAAAGAGCAAAGAUGGGGUGCCAAGACGGUGAAGGGGUCCGGGCACCAGGAGCACAUCAACAUACACAAGCUAAGAGAGAAUGUUUUUCAAGAACAUCAGUCCCUCAAGGAGAAGGAGCUUGAGACAGGACCCAAAGCAUCCCAUGGCUAUGGAGGAAAAUUUGGUGUCGAGCAGGACAGAAUGGAUAAAUCUGCCGUCGGCCAUGAGUAUCAGUCCAAGCUUUCCAAACACUGCUCUCAAGUUGAUUCCGUGAGAGGCUUUGGUGGCAAAUUUGGGGUACAGUUGGAUCGGGUUGAUCAGUCCGCUGUGGGUUUUGAAUACCAAGGCAAAACUGAGAAACAUGCUUCACAGAAAGAUUAUUCUAGUGGUUUCGGCGGUAAAUACGGUGUGCAGGCUGACCGGGUGGACAAGAGCGCGGUGGGCUUUGAUUACCAGGGUAAAACUGAGAAGCACGAGUCCCAGAAAGAUUAUUCCAAAGGUUUCGGUGGUAAAUAUGGUGUCGAUAAGGACAAUGUGGACAAAAGUGCUGUUGGCUUUGAAUAUCAGGGCAAAACGGAAAAGCAUGAGUCACAGAAAGACUAUGUGAAAGGGUUUGGAGGCAAGUUUGGUGUGCAGAGAGACAGACAAGACAAGUGUGCCUUGGGCUGGGACCACCAGGAGAAAGUUCAACUCCACGAAUCCCAAAAAGAUUAUAAGAGUGGUUUCGGAGGCAAAUUCGGGGUCCAGACCGAGAGGCAGGACCCAUCUGCUGUGGGGUUUGAGUACAAGGAGAAAUUGGCGCAGCACGAAUCUCAGCAAGACUAUUCCAAAGGAUUUGGUGGAAAAUAUGGGGUUCAGAAGGACAGGAUGGAUAAAAAUGCCUCGACCUUCGAAGACAUUUCCCAGGUUUCAUCGGCUUACCAGAAGACGCUGCCCGUGGAAGCUGUGAACAGCAAAACGAGCAACAUCCGAGCUAACUUUGAGAACCUGGCCAAAGAGAGAGAACAGGAAGACCGGAGGAAGGCGGAGGCAGAGAGAGCCCAGAGGAUGGCCAAGGAGAAGCAGGAGCAGGAGGAGGCCCGCAGGAAGCUGGAGGAACAAGCCAGGAUCAAGAAGCAAACUCCCUCUCCUCCUCCCAGUCCCCAGCCACCAGCCGAGGAGAGGCCACCCCCCAGCCCUGUCUAUGAGGAUGCUGCAUCUUAUGAGGCCGAGCCAGGGUACAAAGGCCGUAGUACGACAUACUCUGGGCCUGAACAAGAGUCCGAGUACACAGCUGUGCAGUCCAACUAUCAGGAGACAGUGAGCCAGCGAGGUCUGGCACAGGAGCCGGAAGCCGUUUAUGAGACAGCAGAGUCGAUGGCUCCAAAUCAAGACGAGGAAAAUACUUAUGAUGAAUAUGAAAAUGACCUUGGGAUCACUGCCAUAGCCCUCUAUGAUUAUCAGGCUGCUGGUGACGAUGAAAUUUCCUUCGAUCCUGAUGAUAUCAUCACCAACAUUGAAAUGAUCGAUGAUGGCUGGUGGAGAGGCGUGUGUAAAGGCCGAUAUGGGCUCUUCCCAGCCAACUACGUUGAGCUGAGACAGUAGCGAAGAUAGCUUCUCAUCAAUGCCUUAAUGCCGUAGUCUGCAAACAUGAUUUCUACACUACAAAGUCACGCUUUGGGGAGGAUGGCAACGGGAAGAUCCAUACUGCUUUUCUAUUUAAUACUUUUGCUGAUGCUCUUGAGAAUGUUUAAUCCUCAGAAUUUGCUAAUAUAUUGUAAUCAUGUUUCCUUGGAGGACUUGGGUGAUGGUGUUUAAGCAUUUAAGGACUUUUCUUUUUGCCAAAUGGAAUGGUUGUUAUAAGAAGCCAUGCCAAGGACCUUUUGUCCUCUGUAUGUGGGAGCAGGCAGGAUCUUCUGCCCUGCUCAAGACAGCGGUGCUGAGGGAAUCCUUUCUCUGCAUGUUGGCAGUGCCAGCGAUGACUCUGCAGGCCCCUUGGGCAUGGCCGGGUCCUUGGAGGAGGAAGGAGUUAGGGAAGAGCAGAGCUAGAGGGGGUCAGAGUGGACCAGCCUUUUAAGCCUCUUGUCACGAGCAAGAUUCCUUUCCGACUUUUGUAGACUUAUUUUCAGAGCAUCUCCUUCUAUCAGAAGAAGCUUGCAGGCAUCCAAGUAUAGAGACUUGAAUUGGGGUUUGGUUCAGAUUUUGGACUUUUCGUUUUCUCUCCCUUCCUCCCAGAAAUCCCAGCUCCAUGAACCUGACAAGCUCCUCUUGGUUCCUUUAGGAUUAGGUGGUUCCUCUAGGUGACCCUCUCCCCACCCAAGCCAUUUAUCCACCUCCAGAUCUUGACAAGUCCCGUUCUUCAUGGCUGCUGAUCACCGAAUGAUGAUGAUGACGUCUCUCAUCACACGAAAACUUCAUGGACCAGCAGCUGCUGGACAAGACUGCUGGGCAGUAAGCACUGCAGCCUGAGGGCGUGUGUGUGUGUGUGUGUGUGUGUGUGUGUGUACACGUGUGUACGUGUGUGUACGCUCAUGUGCAAGGCUCGGUCACCUUGGUCGCUUUUUAGUUCCACAAAGGUAGUCACCUCCCUGGUGUGUUCAGCAGAAACUGCCCAUCAUAUUUUUACCAUCAAGGGAGGGAUGCUGCUUUUGCCAGCACAUCACACCAUGGGCUGACGCAAUUUAAACUCAACUACAAAGAGGAGUCUUUGUCCCUACCAAAGACAGCAGUGGCUGCCAACCUGCAUGUGGAUCUGGUCUCGUGGCCAGCCAUGCUGGCCCAGUGUGGCUGAGGAAGAAAACACACUUUGGAAUCUCAGCGCUGUGGACCAAUGAAAUUGGGUGUGAGCAGCAAAGAGUACAGAAUCUCCAUGACGUCCUUCUGGUAGCGCCUAGGUUCUUUGGGAUAAAUCCUCCUUCCAUCAGGCAGGAAUGUGUCUGGUUGCCCCCCUCCUGCCCCUACUUUUUUUUCUGUCUUGUUCAAGCUUCCCUAGAUUGGGCUCGGUUUGAUAGUCCAUUUACUUUGUCCCCCUUUGUGUAGGACACUUCAUAGGUAGGAUUUUUGUUGUUGCUGUUAAUUAAAUAUUCAAAAUAAAUUUUUGGAACCCCUUGGCAAUGUUA